GGGAUUUACUGAUCAGAAAGUUUACUUUUUAUAGUUUAUACUUCAAUUUAAGAUUAUCAUUUACAAGUGUUUUGAUAAUUGAUAUACAUGCAUAAAUCUCAAUAAGUCAGACGUGAAACUUGAAAUAUUAACGUUUUUGUAAUUUUAUACCGAUUCGAGAAUGAAAAAUCGUUUUAAAUUUUGCAAACUUUUCAUAUUUCAUAUCAUAAUUUUUUUGCUGAUCUUUUUUUUUUAUAUUAAAAUAUAUAAGAGUUAAUACUUUUAACUUUAUUUCACUUAUUAGAAAUGUCGUUUCGCCCUGCGUAAAAAGAUAAAUUAAUAUAGUAAUAUGCCAAAAGACAAUAAAAUAAUUCUGAAAAUUGUGCUGGAUUUUGUGCUCCUUUUAACAGUGGGCAUUCCAGUAUUAAUUUUUCAUCUUUAUGGAAAACCAACUUUGAGAGGUUUUAACUGUGAUGAUGACAGUAUACGUUACCCUUUCCAUGAGUCAACAAUAACAAAUAAUGUGCUUUAUGUUGUAGGAGUAUUUCUUCCCGUUGGUUUGAUUUGUCUAACAGAAUUCACAAAUGAAGCUCACUCAAAAAGAGGAGUAAGAGGUCGGACAAAAAACUUGCUGGGAAAACCUAUCCCACGGGUUGUUUGGAAAAUAUAUAUCCGAGUUGGUGUUUUCUUGUUUGGUGCUUGUGUUUCGCAGCUUACCACAGAUAUUGCAAAAUAUAGUAUCGGAAGAUUACGACCACAUUUCCUUCAAGUAUGCAAUCCUUUUCCAAAUUGUACAUCAAUUAGUGAUCCUCAUGCUUAUAUCACAAAUUUCACAUGCUUAUCAACUGACCAGCACAGACUUCGUGAAUCAAGGCUUUCAUUUCCAUCAGGCCAUUCUUCAUUUUCUGCAUAUACGAUGGUGUUUGCUGUUAUUUAUCUCCAAAAAAAUAUGUUAUGUAACGUCAAUAAGUUGCUCAAACCAUUUUUGCAAUUUAUACUGCUUAUGAUGACUUGGUACACUGCAUUAUCUAGAAUUGCAGAUUACAAACAUCAUUGGAGUGAUGUUCUAGCUGGAUUUUUACAAGGAAGUUUAGUAGCAAUUAUUACUGCAUAUUUCGUUUCUGACUUUUUCAUUGAAAACAAGGAAAAGUCUGAGGUCAUUACUCUGCAAAACAUGUCUACAGAUGCACAAGCUAAUUACAAUACCAUGGAGACGACAACUGAUAUUGAAGAUCAAUCAUCUGAAACCCCACUUGUCCUUAAGGAAAAUAUGAUGUAUAAGGAGCAAUCUUUCAGCAAGGUAUAAUGGAUAGAAUGUGCCUUUAGAUUAAGCCAAAAAAUAACUCAUAUUAUUCAUAUGUCUAUCAGACGUUACUUGUGAUGUUUUGUGCCAAGUCCCCUAUUCUUUCCCUUUUCACUGUUAUCCUUGAACCUUUUGUAUUUGUCAAAAAUAUAUUAUUACUGAUUUAUAUUUUAAUGGUGUUAAUUAUCAGCGAGUGAAAUAUUGUUGCUGUAAAAUGGAACCGUCCUUUACAUAUAUAUUAAUGCAACUUGCAUAAUCUAAAUUCAAUGUUUCCAGAAAUUGAAUUUUUCAAAAUUGGUGAAUGGAAUGUUUAAUAUUUGCUAUAUCAAGUUGAUUAUUAAAGAAAUUAAUAUUGUUGCACCAUACGACUGGAUAAUCUGUAUUAAUUACUUUGAAAAGUUUUAAAGUUCUGUAUUUUUUUUUAAGGAGGCAAACUAUUUUAAUAUUUAUAGAACUGUAAACUAAGUUUUUACCCUGCACCAAUUUGUUGAAAAGUUAGCAUUUAUCUAGAGGUGGUUUGGAACUACAGUUGCUUUUUGCUAAAUCAAUUACUAUCCAGCUUUAAAAAAUAAUCACAAGUUAAUUGUUCUUAAAGAAAAUUUAACCAAAUCAAAUUAAAAAAAAAUUCUUUAUUAGCAGCAGGUAGAAUGUAUUAGCUUGUAAUGAAAUAACUUUCCUAACUGAUACCUCUCUGCCUGUACCCAUCAAUUCCAUGUUUCAUUUUUUUGAUUUAUUUGUAAAAAAUAAUUAUUCACCAAAUAGGCUUUGUAUAUGAAAAAAAAGCAGUCAAACUGUACUAAGAAAUGACUAAAAUACGAAAAUAUGUAUACCCCUUUUUAUUGCUUUAUUUAUACUAGUAUUCAUGUUGUAUAUUUACUCAAAUAGAUUUUGCUUUGUGCAAAUUUUACCGAAGACAAUUGGGAAAAAUAUGCAUCUUUGUUUUUGCUUUAUGUCCAUUUUUUACAUAAAAAAUCAUUAAGGUCAGAAAUAUAUAUUCACCAAAAGAAAAACCACCUCUACACUUAUGUUUGCAUGCAAAAAAGUUUAUACGGGUUUAAACGUAAAACUAGCUCUUUCUCAUGAAAUAGUUCAAUCUAUCGUUCUUAAUCAAGUGCCAGCAAAAAUGCUGUACAUGUUAUUAGUUAAUGUUUUUUUUUUUUUUGUAAUUGGAUUAAGUUUGUUUUUUGUGGAAUGAAACUUUGCUUCAAUAGCAGAACUAUCUUUUCCCUUAAAUUUAACUCUUUAUAAAUAAUCUCAUUGGUAAGUUGACAUUAUUUGCAAGUUGAUGUUAGCCCUUUGAAUAAAAACAUCCCAAUGUGAACUUGAAAUAAUAGAGAAAAAUUCAAUCUUGUUCAUUUAAUUUAAAAAAAUAUUUCAAAGUAAUUUUUAUGACAUGGUUUUGUGCAAAUUGUCUAGGGGGGAAAUGUAUUUUUUAAAGCAUGGUCAUAUAGCUACUAAGACCAAACCAGGGUCAAAUAGCUCCACUCCCUUGCAAUGAACUGCUUGGAAUUCGCGCCUUACCCUACUGUGAACUAUGUUUAGGAAGUUUUUGAAUUGCAGAUUUGAAAUGGAUAGAAUUCUUUUGCAUAUUACAGGCAUAAAGCAGUGUUCAGACCAGAGCAUGAUUUGAUGAAAACAAAAAAUAUCUCGAGCUUGUCUAACCAAUUCGCCACAGUUAGGUUGAACCGCACUCAAAAGCAGACAUUGCCUAAAUAGUGGUAGAAAACUUAAUUUAUAAAGUAGCUUAGGAACUCGUGUUACCCUCUUUUGAACUUAUCAAUGUCAUUAAAGCUAUUAGAGAACCUAUUAAAUCAAUUACCUCAGUUUAUAAAGUUCCCUGAAAAAAUUUAACAUUAACCUUCAUUCAUAAAACAAAGCCUAACUUUGACAUAUACACUGGUUCUUUUUUAAAUAGUAACACAUAUUAACAAAAUUAAAUGAAAAUGCAUGCAAGUUGGUUGUACUAAGUAAAUUAAGUUAAAAAAAGUAUUCUUUAUAAAUACACAUUUCAGUUAAAUUUCAUUAUAAAUUCAAACUUAUGUGUUUCAUACACUAAUUAUAAGACAUCUUUAUUAAGCUGGAGCUAUGCUCCUUCAUUUAAGAGUAAAUUGAGGCAGCAGGAAAUUCAAAUCAUUCCAUAAUGCAUUUAUUUUCUGAUGUAGCUAUUUUCAGUUUCAAAAUAUUGUCAUGUGUUGAACCCAACGAUUUCAUUAUUCAAAAAUUAUCAUAAUGUCUUGUCUUUCCAUUCAAAAUAUAGUUUUUUUUUUGUUAUAUUUACACAUGUAUUAAUUUAAUAAUUUAAAAAUCCCAAUUUCAUGGGUAUCCUUUAGAUUAGUCUAGUGUUUAGAAUGAAACAUAUUAUGCAUUAUUUAAUUUAACAUGUAUACUACUUAUUGAUAUUUUUUAUUAAACUUAUUUAUAGUUUAGAAAUGUUUCUUUAUAUAUUUGCAGCUCUGAAAAUACCUGAAAUAUUU